AUGAUCGACAACGUCACUGAAAGAGGAAGCUGCAGGGCCAAUUGACCCAAACAAACUACCUCUGCUGACUGUAUAACUCCCCUUCUCUUUCCCUUAGUCCCUUAUCAUUCGUUCCCCCAUGUAUCAAGUACUGUCCUAUUUCCCUAACGACUCUCCCACCAAGUUGGGAGUCUCGAUCAUUCUUUGCGGAUUCUUCCUCUACACAGUUACCAAAAUGUUUCGUUUCGGAUCUAAAAAUGAGUUCGCCGUGGAGGGCAGGACCGUGGUGAUCACCGGUGGUUCCGAGGGUAUGGGCAAGGCUGUCGCCUGUCAGCUUGCCGCAAAGGGUGCGAAUAUUGUCAUUGUUGCGCGCACUGUCCAGAAGCUUCAAGGAGCGCUGGAUGAAAUUAAGGCGUCUGCUGCGAAUGUGAAUAGGCAAAGAUUCUAUUACAUCAGUGCCGAUCUUAAGAAUGCCGCGCAAUGCGACCAGAUCAUUGAGGAGGUCAUUGAGUGGAACAAUGGACUGCCUCCUGACGUUGUGUGGUGCUGCGCAGGCUACUGCAAUCCUGGAUACUUCAUUGAUACUCCAGUCCAAACGCUCAGGGAUCAGAUGGACACGAUCUAUUGGACUGCUGCGAACACCGCCCAUGCGACACUCAGAAAGUGGCUUGCGCCCGUUGCUCCGAGUGAGCAGAAACCGAUGCCGCGGAGACAUCUUGUCUUUACAUGUUCUACACUGGCUUUUGUGCCGAUUGCUGGGUACGGGCCUUACUCGCCCGCAAAAGCCGCACUCCGCUCUUUAUCCGACACCCUUAAUCAGGAGAUUGAAAUCUAUAACGGCACGCGUCAAUCGAAGUCGCGCAUUGAUGCUACACCUGCCGACGUUAAGAUUCAUACCGUCUUCCCGAUGGGAAUCCUCAGCCCUGGCUUUGACAAUGAACAGAAGAUGAAGCCCGAUUUGACAAAACAACUAGAGGCUGCUGACAAGCCACAAACUCCGAAGGAGGUUGCGAGCAUCGCAAUUAAAGCACUGGAAAGGGGAGAAUAUCUAAUCACCACUAUGUUUGUUGGUCAUGUGAUGAAGGGAGCCGCCAUGGGGGGCAGCCCAAGGAACUAUACAAUUCGCGAUACGUUGACCAGCUGGCUCAGUAGCUUGGCAUUCUUGCAGGUGAUUCCUGAUCUCCGGAAGCAGGCCUGGAAUUGGGGUGCGAAGAACGGCGUCCCGUCCCCUAAAUCUGAGUAAGGAGCGGUGUUUUGCUGUCCGGUGUAUGGUUAGAUACCCAUGAGCAUCCCUAUUUGCUUAUUCUUAUAUGUACCUGAUACUAUUAGUGUUCCUGUGUAUGACUUGUCCCUGCCCUGUUUUAUUAGGCUGUACCUACAUUAGAUCCACGCUAGCCACGUGCUUCUCUCAUGUUCGCUGCCCCAAGAAUGAAAGACUUUUGUUGCAUAGAGUGCUACCUGGCAUGUUGGGUGGAAGUAAGAGGGUCAGCUCAUCUGUACAGGCGUAAAUAUAUAAUUAUAGACUACACGAAACUUUUUUAAUUUGUUCUAUCUCUCCUCCCUAAACAAAAACAAAAGGGCACGGCUGAAACGUAAA